AUGGAUGAUAAGAGUUUAGCCGUGACGAUAGGCAAACCAAAGGAAAGCCAUCUCUCGACGAUCAAAUGUCCUAUGCUCACCACCACUAACUACACGGUGUGGAGCAUGAGAAUGAAGGUAGCGCUAAGGGUGCAUAAAGUGUGGGAAACGAUAGACCCCGGGCUGGAUGAUAGUGACAAAAACGAUAUGGCGCGAGCACUGCUGUUUCAGUCCAUACCAGAGAGUCUAAUUCUACAAGUUGGUGAUCUUGAUACAUCAAAGCUAGUAUGGGAUGCAAUAAAAGCCAGGCAUGUGGGAGCUGAUAGAGUUCGAGAAGCAAGGUUACAAACACUCAUGGACGAUUUCAAUAGACUGAAGAUGAAAGACACGGAAACUAUUGAUGACUUCUCGGGAAAACUUGCGGAGAUGGCAUCAAAAUCUUCAGCUCUAGGAGAAAUCAUCGAAGAAUCUUAA